AUGUCAUGGAGAAGACGAGGCAAUAAUGGGCUAGUUCCCGAUGGAGAAAUACUUCCACCCAUGGCACCAGAAAAGCCCCAUCUUGAACUUCCCGUUGCUACACCAUUGACUAAUGAUGAGACAGAUUCAGCCACCCAAUAUAUAUCAUUACGAUCAGUUAUGAAAGAAAGUCCCUUUUAUACUGGCAUGUUAGAUCAAAAUGAUGAUUCCAACGUGUUGGGAGAUGGGAUCCAAAGAUACAGUGACAAAUAUAAUAAAUCGACUAAAAUUGGACGUACUAUUGAAGAACAUCCGUAUCAUUUGGCAUUUUUCCCAGAAGAGUUAUAUUCAGUGAUGGGUGUAUCCAAACGAGAGAAGAAACAAUUGAAGCUUUCACGGUUUAAAGCAGACGGAGGAUUGAAGGAGUUGCAUAUGAAUGGGAAUGGUGAAGAUUCACUGAUAUUACAACAUUUGAAGGACAUUGCUGAUGAUAUUGACAAUGGUACAACAGAAGUCACCAACGAAGAAGAAAAUGAAGAUGAAGAUGAAGAUGAUGAAUUUGAAGAAGAUGAUGAUGAUGAUUAUAAUGCAGAAAAGUAUUUCGAUGAUGGUGGAGAAGAGUUUGAUGAUGAUGAUGACGAUGAACCUCAAUUCUAA